GCCGGCGCUGCCCCGCUGCGGCGCGGAGAAGAGCUGGGCCUGGAGGCGAGCGGGCGGCGCACGGGUCACGUCACAAUGAAGGCCUCGAUUCAAGCCGUGACCCUCUGGGGGAAGCAUUCCCCAACCCACAGCAUCUCCGCCAUCCUGAUCACCGAGGACCAGAGGACAAUUGUAACGGGAAGUCAAGAGGGGACCUUAUGUCUCUGGAACCUGUCCCCAGAACUAAAGAUUUCAUCAAAACAAAUCCUGUUGGGUCACACUGCAUCUGUGACAUGUUUGGCCAAAGCAAGGGACUUUGAGAAGCAGCCAUACGUGGCCAGUGCUACUGAGAAUGGGGAAAUGUGCAUUUGGAAUGUCACCAGUGGCCAGUGCGUCGAGUACACACAGCUCCCCUUUAGGCAUACGGCCAUCUGUUAUUACCACAGCUCAUUCCGGAUGACGGGAGACGGCUGGCUUCUGUGUUGUGGCCAAUACAAUGAUGUCCUCCUCAUCGAUGCCAAAACGCUGACUGUCCUUCAUGCCCUGACAUCUUCUCAGUCUUCCAACUGGAUCAGCUGCAUGUGCUUGGUUCACUCCCCGCGGAUCCAAGAGGACUCCUUAAUCGCUGUAUCUGCUUCCGGAGACCUCAAAGUCUGGGAUUUGUCCUCCUCGGUCAGCAGGAUCCAGGAGAAGCAGUGUGUUGCAGAGAGGGAAUCCAAGUCCCUGGGCUGUGCUUCCUGCCACACCGUCAGAUUUUGCACCUACACCGGAAGGCUGCUCUUGGUUGUGCUUCCCAGCUGCUGGAAGGUGUACGAUUACUGUGAUUUUUCCUUGCUGUGGACUGAAUCUAGCCCCAGCGGCCAGUACUGGGCCGGGGGAGAAGUCCUCGCAGCGCACCGGCUGGUCCUUUGGACAGAGGCAGGCCAAGGGUACAUCUACCAGCUGCUGAACAGUGGCCUUUCAUGGAGCAAACAGCCGUCAGAUGGAAGAGUGCUCAAAGAAACCGUCUAUCCUGUUUUACUUUGUUCCACAGCUGUGGGAUGUAACAAGAGUUUCUCUUAUGUGAUGGGCUUCAUGAAUGAAAGAAAGGAACCUUUUUAUAAGAUCCUUUAUUCUGGAGAUGCUUCUGGGAGAAUCACUGUGUGGCAUAUUCCGGACGUGCCAGUUUCAACUCUUGAUGGUUCUCCAAAAGAGAUUCCAAUAGCAGCCUCCUGGACUCUUCAGGAUCACUUUGAUGCUCACGGCUCUGUGGCUGAAGGCAUCCUUGGGCACCUUUGUGUGGCUGGCCAGGGGGGCAGCUGUGCUCUCAGCAUUUCCAUAUACAUCCCCAGCCUUGACAAGCUGGUGUGUGGAUGUGAAGAUGGGAGGGUUUUCAUUGUUCCGGCUUUGCAGGCUCUCAAAACCAGACUGUUAGAAGACACCUCUCUGCUGAAAGACACACUGCCUCACAGGAUCCUCACCGGCCACAGCAGCAGGGUUACUGCUUUACUCUACCUCCGCGGCUGGUCUGCCCGCUUCGAUCCAAGCUGGCUGGUGUCAGGCAGCCAGGAUUCUUAUGUGAUCUGGUGGGACAUGUUUACAGGAGAGAUUUUACAUCAGUUCUCUCUGCAGGCUGGUCCGGUCACAGAUCUGCUGCUGUCUUCAGAUAACUACAGAUUCAAAGGCCAGAGGAUUGUGUGUUGCCUGUGCAGUGACCACUCAGUGGCACUGCUGCACUUACAAGAGCGAGCGUGCAUCUUGCAUGCCAGAAAACAUCUUUUCCCUGUGAGAAUGCUCCGAUGGCACCCACUGGAAAAUCUGUUGAUUGUUUUAUGUGAAAAUGAUUCCGUUUCUGUUUGGGACAUUGAGACAGGAAUUCUUGAACGGCAUGAAACUGGGGAAGUGGCCAAAGCUGUCCUUGCCGGCUGUGAAGACUCCCCUCUUUCCAUGGAAGAUUCUCUGCUCCCCAUUUUUGAGGAUGACGCACACAAGCAGAGGGGUGCUGGUGGUCCCCCCUCCAGCUCCAGCAAACUUGGCCCUCUUUCCUACAGCACUCUCGCUCAUCACAAAAAGUCUUCCUGUCGGCUCUCCUCCAUUUGCAGCGCCCAGUGGCCGUUUACCAUCUUGCCAGUUAAGACAGAAUGGGAGAACAGGAACUUCCACAUCCUUCUCUUUGAUCUGGAGAAUCUCACAGAGUUGCUGCUCUCAUCUCAGCUCGGUGGGCUGAAGUCCUCAAACUCACUGCACAGUUACGACGCUCUCGAAAGGGCCAGAAGCUCAGCUGAGAAAGGGACGCUGCUGUUAAGAAGGAACAAGACCGCCGGCACUCUCUCCCUGUUCCAUGGCCCUGGGGAGGAGCACAGCUUUGGGGACAGCCCUGUGGCUGCUGCUGGAUGCUUGGAACAAAGUGGAGGCCUCAAGCGACAGAAGAAGGCCAAGAGUUCCAAAAAGACAAAGCGGCAGCUGUCGGGGAAAGUCAACGUGAAUUUGGUCACAGGCGCAGCCAACCUCCUCUUGACGUGCCUCUGGCCUUGGGGGGUGGACAGGGAGUCUGACCAUCUCUGUGUCCAGUAUCUAGGCAUCUCGAGGCUUCUCUGGCCAGUCUCGUUUGGACUGGUGUCCGAAGAAAAACAUUUCUCUCUGAUGUUGCCAGGAUGGAGCCAUGCUAACUCUGCUCUAUGGGAUCAGCACAACCAGCCCGUCAACAUGUUUUCCAGCAAAGUGCUAGAUUUGCGGAACAAGUACCUGAGUGUGGCGAAGGAACCCGCUGGAAAGCCCGGUGGACGUUCAAAAAAUACCGGGGCUCCAGAGGGACCCCCGACUCUAAUCUCUUUAUUGAACAGGAUAUGUUUAGUUAAGAAGAUCAUUAGCAUGCCUUUAGAGAGGAGCACCCCACAGAAAGUGGAGUCAGUGCGCAACAAGUGGAGAGCCAACCAGGCUGUUGAGUCCACCAGCUUUUAUGAGGAGUCCUCUGAGGGCACCUUUGGAGUUCCUGUCCAUGAUUCGGAGAAUGUUUCACUUGUAAAGCUUAUUUCUUGUUGGAGAGACCAAUCCAUUGAGCUGCAACCCCUGUGGUCAAGUGUGACAGCUCUUUGUCCCCUGAAAACGUCCCUGCAGGAGAGGGUACGCCUGAGCAGAACGUCUUGGAAGAGUCAGAUAACCGAGAUGAGAAGAAGUCACAUCCUUGGAUGGCCAAGGUGUGUUCCUGUAAAGUGUGUUAGCAGACAGUAUUCCUUUUCCUCCAAGACCAGAAGAUAAGGCAGAAAGGGAGCUACAAGAGUCAUUUAUUGGUUGACUUCAGCCAUUUCUCCAGCUUUGUUCAAAACCUAUUCAGCUCCAGAGAGCCUCUCAAGACCUCCACUGAACCUCGUAGGCUGCCUGCUUCUCUCCCCCAGUUCCCUCGCCCAGCCUUCUGAUAACUAGGAGAGAGAUCCUGUUUCCACAGGUGAAAACAGGGCAAGCUCAAGGCGCCUGGACCUGGAAUGCCAAGUGGUCUCUUAUCUUGUCCUCCCCUCCAUUUGCUUCAUCUUUUGUAAACAGAAGAUGAAAAUUUCAUUUAAAAUUUUCUUAUGGUAGUAUUUGAUGCCUGAUUGUACCAUAUCUGUAUCCAGAUUUAUUUAUUUUACUUAUUUCAUUUUUAUCCCACUUUUCUCUCUAAUGGGGACCCAAAGCAGCUAACAUCAUUAACCAAACAUGAUAAAAUUGUUUUUUAUUAUCAUGCAUAAUGGUCAUGUACUAAAAUCCAACUUUUAAAGGAAUUGAUAGAAGUCCAUAUACAAAAAGGUAAUGGGUUCAUCAGUUUCUUUACAGCCAAGCUCGUUUUAUUGGUAUGUACUGAUAAUUUUAAAAAUUCACUGAAUCAGAAAGCUUCUUAAUCAGUUAUUGCUGGCAACCAACUUUUUAAAGGCUAGUGAGUGUAAAGAUUUUUUUUAAAGAUACCAUUUUGGAAUAGUAUGCCAAAAUCCAGGAGAUUAUGAUUUUGGCUAAAAUUUCACCUUAAAAGGAAUGGACAACCCUAAAUAUAUUUCAAAUUUUACACACACAAAAAUGUUUCCCUUUAAGUAGAUCUUGUGUCAGAGCCCAAACAUUCUUGCCCUGUUUUUUAUUUAUAAAACUGAUAAGAAUAAGAAAGUGAGACAAUAUUUCUUUUCAUGUGUGAAAAGUGGUAGCUUGUUUGAUAGCACUGCUUAUAUAGCCACUGUUGCAUUUUUGAUGAUUACUUCCUCUCCUAUCUGUGGGAUAACUAUUAUUUUUUAGAAUUUCUUUUGGUGAAUGUACUGCAGACCCACAUGUUAUGUUCUGGGCUUUUGAUCCGAAGGUGCAAUUACCUGUUAAAAUUCAAAAAUAAAAGUUUUUAAAAGCACUGCCUGGCUGGCAGUUGGUAUAUUUCUGUUUGCUUGGACUUAUAUCCAGUGAAGAUGUGAGAGUCAAUAGCCAAUAAAGA